UAAUAUAAACUUUUGUUUUUAAUUAAAUCUUUUAAAUAUGUAUUUAUUUAAGAGAUGUAAUUAGUAUUUUAACUUCUAAAAAUUGCACUUAUGAGUUUAUUAAACGAUAUUAAUAAUUAUGAGAUAUGAAUUAUAUCUACGUAAAUGCUCAUUUUACAGAAAUUAAGAAAGCCAAAAAUCAGUAAAAUUAAAAGAAACAAUCAGACAAAAACAAAGCUUUCAAAACAAGGCAAACUUAAAACUCGGCGGCAUAAACUAUCAAAGAAACAACCUCAGAAAGCACCACCACCACGUCCAAAAGAAGUGGAAGAAGAAGAAAGUGAUCAUGGAGAAGACUUAAUGGAUAUGAUUGAAGAAGAUGAUCUCAAUUUUCUAAAGAAAGCUAUAUCCAACAAAUCUUAUAACUUAGUGAAAAAAUUUCAUUUAACCGAAGCAGACAAAAAGCAAAAGAAACGAAAAAGGAAAAGAAGCGAAAAGGAUCAAUUGGAAGAAUUAUAUGAGAAUAAUGUUUCUAAAAUUAUGAAAGAGAAAGAUGGGAAGUCAUUGCGGAUGGUGCUUCCUAUAAAAACACAAAAUGGCUUUAUAGAAAAACGCGUGAUCGAAGAAGAUGAAAUAGCAAGUGAAACAGAUAAUGAAGGCAAGAAUGACGAUGACCAAGAAAAAGAUAAGAAAAAUGAUUCUCAGCAGGAGAACAGUGACAUAGAAAUGGAUAUAGAAACAGAGAAGAAUUUGCAAGAAACUGAUAAGACAGUAUCUACCAUUGAGCUGUUGGCAUGUCGUGAAGAGAUAUUAAGGUCAAAACGUUUCAAGAUAGGUAUACUCUCAAGUGGUAUCCUAGAAAAUCCACAACUCAAAUCUGCAAAUUUCAAGAUACUGUUAAAUAUGAUGGAUGAAACUUGCGAAGUUUACAUCACUGUCAGAAAACUCGCUAUGAUGUCUCUUCUGGAAGUGUUUAAAGAUUUGCUACCGUCGUACAACAUCCUGCAGAUCUCUCAAGAAGGAGUAAAGUUGAAGAAAGAUACUCUUGCGCUACAGAAUUACGAGGCUACAUUGUUAAGAAGUUACAAGGGUUAUUUGCAGAGACUCGAAAAAAUGUUAAAAAUUUUGAAACAAAAGAAAAAAGAUACGCGAUCAAACGAACGAGAAUUACAGUUGGGUGAAAUGGCUAUAUCGUGUAUGUGCGAGCUUCUCGCCGCUCAUCCAUAUUUUAAUUUAUCCAAUAACGUAGCACAAUACCUCCUUCCUUUUCUUGAUGACAAACACAACAAUGUAAGAGAAAAAGUGGCGCAAUGCUUUUCUCAGAUAUUCAAAGAAGACAAACGUGGCGAAUUGUCUCUCACGAUCGUUCGAAAAUUGAAUCAGUAUAUCAAAUCGAGGAAGCACUCUGUACGUCCUGAAGUUAUAACAGUGUUGCUGUCUCUCCGCAUAAAAGAUGUUAACCUGGAUAAAGAGAAAGAAGACGAAAUGAAGCAGAAGAAGCUCAUGUCUCACAAACAACGAAUUCUCGCAUUGAGCAAACGGGAGAGAAAGAAAAAUAAGAAACUGGAACAAGUGGAACAGGAGCUGAUGGAGACGAAGGCUGAGGAAAAUAAACAGACAAAACAGAAGAUUCUCACAGAAAUUACGAGCAUAGUAUUUACUAUAUAUUUUAGAGUUCUGAAACAAGCACCAAACAGCAAAGUGUUGUCCGCAUGUUUGGAAGGAUUAGCCAAAUUUGCACACUGCAUCAACAUAACUUUUUAUCAGGAUUUAGUAAACGUUAUAGAUAGAUUAAUAGAUGAAGAUAAUCUAGGUCUGAAGGAACAGUUACAUUGCGUUCAAUGUAUAUUUACAAUAUUAUCUGGCCAAGGCACGGCGCUGAAUAUCGAUCCAUACAGAUUCUAUGUGCAUCUGUACAAAAACUUAUUAAACGUUCAUUGCGGGAGGACGAAUGCGGACGCUGAGAUUGUGCUGAAAACGUUGAUACAGAUCCUCAUUCAUCAGCGAAAGAGGAUCACGCAAACUCGUACGAUCGCCUUUGUGAAAAGGAUGGGCGUGCUGGCUCUGCAGUCGCAACACAACGUGAUACUAGAACUCCUCGGUGUCAUCAAACAGGUCAUGCAACUCGGGAAAACGGCACACGUUUUGCUGGACACGGAAUCGUCUGGGGACGGUUCCUAUCAGCCCGAGAUUACGGAACCUGACUACUGCAACGCUCAUUGCACUGCGUUGUGGGAGAUAAUCGCUUUACAGCGUCACUAUCACAGCACCGUACGGCAACUCGCUAAAAAUAUAGCACAUGUGGUACCUACGAGCGGGGAAGGUAGCUUGGCUGCCGAAGUUGCGAAACUAGGACCAGAAGAACUUUAUACACAAUACGAUCCAGCGGGCGUAGCGUUUAAUCCUGCCAUUCCCGUCCCAAAGAAGAGUACUAUUAAAAAAUCAUCUGCAAAUUGCAAUGUAACUCCGAAAUUUGAGGAGUAUCUUAACACCGUCGACGUUAACGACCCGUUCGCGAACGGACACGUAAACUUUUAUGAAGAUUGUAAAGAUCACUCGUAAAACGUGAUAGGACAAACUUCGAAUGUACAAUAAAAUUCUAAUAAAAUUGAAUUUCGCGCAA